GUUUUCUUCAAUGACGUCUGGAGCUACAACAUAAACUGUACCAGGUAUGCAGACAAUAGCUGCUUAAAUAGGGCAUGGGAAGUUUUAGAUGAAGGUGCAGAGUGGGGAGGUUGUACGAAGGUUCUAGGUGCCUCCGUAUGUACACAUCCAUCGGAAAGGUGGAUGCACAGUGCUGAAGUGUUUAGUGACAAAACGAUGGCAAUCUACGGAGGAUUCGGCCCCAUGUGCGGCGAUUACUGUGACGAUUUGUGGUUAUAUGACUUCUCCGAUGGCUCAUGGACGGAGAUGAUCGAGUUAGGGAGCGCUCGCAAUGGACCGGGGAAGAGAUUCAAGUUCUCCAGCGUUGUAUUGAACGAUAAAUUUUACGUUUUUGGCGGAUUUCGACUCUGGCAUGGAUAUGCACAUGAGAACAGCGAAGAAAACGACUGGGGUGGAGUUCAUCAGUACCCACUUGGUGGAUAUCUAAACGAUCUGUGGGUGUAUGACAAGGUCACUAAUACUUGGACGAAUAUUACCGAGAAAGUCGAGUGUCCCACAGAUUCGAAGCUUCUGGCUGAUGCAUUACUGAAUAGUAUUGAAGUUGAAUGUGCAGUGACGUGGCCUCCAGCUCGAGCAGGACAUACUUCUGUGGUUUUUGACAACGCCAUCUUCAUUCACGGAGGAUAUCGUACUUUUUUCCCGUACCCGACGACAUCCAGCGCUGGUGCAGGCCGAGGAACGCUGGGAGUUCAUGCAGUGGGAUACACGCCGUACCCGACACACCCUUAUUACUUGAGUGACAUGUGGAAAUAUAAUAUUACUACAGGAAUUUGGACCCGAGUUAUACCGGACAGCGAAUCUAUUCCAGAAUCCAGAGUGGAUCACAGUCUCGUGGUCGCUAACGACGUAUUCCUAUUGUUCGGCGGCUACAUCACUAAUUAUUACUACGACGACACUUGGCAAUAUAACGCUAGUGCAAACCGUUGGGUCAAACAGCAUUCAUUUGUGUAUCCAAAGUAUCCAGCUUCAUGCACCGAUGACUUAGAAUCUCGGCGACUACCGCACAGUGGAAAUUACGCCGCGUAUGUCCCAUCUUCCAACUUAGCUGACAAUCCAGAUGACUACUAUUUCAUUGCAGAAACACACUACGGCACGAAAACGUUUUCAGUGUUUGCAGAACCCACCCGAGGUUCAAGCCAGCAGAGCGUGUUCGUCCAACAAGCACGACGUCAAGCCCCAGGUUGGGAUGGAUGCCGUAAUCGUCAAGACGGACGAGAAGACCUACCAGUAGCCCUACAAUGGGAGCAUCCGUCUCAACGCUCAGGACACAUGAGCGUCUAUCACGACGGAUUCGAUAAAAUUUUUGUCUUUGGGGGAUACGGCUACGAGCGCGCAGAAAAAUACCACGAUGCUAUAACUUUCGCUGCUGCUUCUCUGGGAGAUUUGUGGCAGUACGAUCUUAACAAUUGCAUCAAGAACUGUUCGUUACACGGCACAUGUUUGGCUGGGAACUGCCGCUGUGACGACGGCUACUAUGGUGAAGACUGCUCGAAUUCGUCAUGUCCUGGAUCGUACUGUGCGUACGACGAUGCAAAGCAGUCGCAAACCUGCAAUCAUUGCUGCUUCUCGGGCUUCGAACAUACAGACAACGACUCGUAUGUGGAAAAUGUACAGAAAUUCCCAUGUACCGUGGACAAUGUGCACUAUUCAAAUGGAGUUUGUGACGGCUUUGGUAAAUGUAUCUGUAAGCCACCAUUUAUUGGAGAUGAUUGCUCUAUUCGGAAUUGUGGCUACAAUUGCUCUGGCCGUGGGUACUGCUCCGUUGAGUUCCCAAACUCACGUUGUAUGUGUGAUGAAGGCUGGUACGGCAAAUACUGCGAAACACAAAUGUGCCUCAACAAUUGCUCGUAUCCGAAUGGCGAGUGUGUGAACGGCAGUUGCUACUGCGCUAUGGUCUACGAGCCGUAUAACAACACGCUCGAGUACUUCCCGUUAAUGGGGGAGGACUGUUCCUUCCUGGUCCCGUUCGCCGGUGCAGUUCGGAUUUCAAGUUUUUCAAUCAUGAUUUUGCUCAUAGGAACGAUUUUGACUCUUGUCCUAGUCAGAGAUGACUGAAUUCCAGUAAAAAAAAAUCUAUCC